AUGGAGACGACCAUAGACCUCCCGUUGAACGUUACAGAUGGUGACACUUCUCCAUUCUCCUUUGCUGGCUGUGCUGUGAUCGUUGUGGUCUUUUCUCUCAUCUCCAUCCUCACUAUUGUGGGAAAUGGACUGGUGGUGUGGCUUGUCCUCACUACCAAACGUAUGCGUACGGUGACAAAUUACUUCUUGGUCAAUCUCUCACUCGGAGAUAUGCUCUCGGUGUUUCAAAUCAUACCAAAUGUCUACUAUUCCAUUAUAAACGACUGGGCGUUUGGACUAGCAUAUUGCAGAUUUUCCCAGUUCUUCACGGCAUUCGGCAUUGCCCUCAGUGUCCUAACUUUCACCGGCUUGACCGCGGAUAGGUGA